AUGGGAAGCACCGCACCGCCAUCAACAUUGCGUAUCGCCGCGGCACAGUACGAGCCCGAAUGGCUGGAUCUACAGGCAUCAGUCGCGAAGGCAUGUGCCAUCAUUGACGAAGCGGGCAAGAAGGGCGUGAAGGUCUUGGGGUUUUCAGAGGCCUUCAUUCCAGGCUAUCCGGCCUGGAUAUGGCAGCGUCCGCUUGACCCCAUCUUGUCCACUCAGUACAUCAAAAACUCACUCGCCGUCGAUUCGGAUGAGAUGCGCACGAUUCAGAAAUGCGCCGCCCAGAACGGCGUCGUCGUGUCUCUAGGUUUCGCGGAGAACGACAACAACUCGGUUUACAUCGCCCAGGCCCUGAUCGACUCCGACGGCAAGCUGCUGAUGACGCGGCGCAAGCUCAAGCCGACGCACAUGGAACGCACCAUCUUCGGCGACGCCUCGGGCAACAGUCUGAUGAAUGUGGCGCCAACCCGCGUAGGGAAGCGUGUGGGGUCCCUGGCGUGCUGGGAGCAUUGCCAACCACUGCUCAAGUACCACACAGCCACUCAGAGAGAGGACAUCCAUUGCGCCGGAUGGCCUCCGCUGUCCCCUCAUGCUGGGCCGGAGCUUUGGUCCCUGUCAGCGGAAGGUUGCCUCAGCCUGUCCCAAACAUACGCCAUCGAGACCCAAACAUUCGUGAUCCACGCCACCACAAUCAUCACCCAGAAAGGAGUCGACGCGAUGUCGACCGGCCAGUCGCUGCUCAUGAACAAACCCGACGGAGGUUAUUCGGCCAUCAUUGGCCCUGAUGGCCGCCGGCUUUCGAAGCCCCUCGAUCCCACGACAGAAGGUCUGGUCAUUGCAGACGUCGAUUUCGACAUGGCCAUCAUGGCGCGCAGUUUCCUAGAUAUCUGUGGUCACUACAGCCGGCCAGAUCUACUGUGGCUGGGCUGUGAUGCCAGGGAGCGUAAACACAAGAUCAACACGGCGGGUGCUGCGCAGGGGGAUAAAGAGAAAGAAGCAAGUGCAGAGGAGGCCAGCGACUAG